AUGGCUUGCUCUCAGGAGAGGGCGACUUUUGGUUGUUGGUUUAAAGGAAAUAAAGGAGACCUGAUCGAGAUCUCCCAUAGGGACCAUAAGCAGUGGGCCAUCUACAUCGGAGGAAAUGAAGUGGUUAUGUUAGUUAAAAAAGGUGAUCAGUCGCCUGGCUGGUUGGAGAGUCUGAGCAGCAGCACUGGAAAGGUGAAGCGUGAGAAGCUCGCCGCUGUGGUCGGCAAUCAUCGUUGCCGUGUCAACAAUCUCCUGGAUGACAGGCGCAAUGCUCGUGAUCCUUCCGUCAUAGUGAAGAAGGCCUGUGCGAUGGUGGGCCGCAAUCUACCGUACAACGUUGCCACUUACAACAGCUGGCACUUUGCUACCGAGAUGCGAUACGACAAGGCAGAGUCUUGGCUGGUGUGUAUCUAA